AAAGAGAAAUUAACCAUGAAAGUUGAGACCAUUCUAUGCAUGAACACUGGUGAUGGAGAAUCAAGCUACGCCAAUAACUCACUUGUUCAGGAACUUGCAACAAGAAGAGUGCUGCCAAUUCUAAGGUAUGCAAUAAAGGGUAUUGCGAAUCAAGAUAUUCUUUUCAAAGAUGAAUGUUUUAAGAUAGCAGAUAUGGGAUGCUCUUCUGGCAAAAACACUCUCUUGGUUGUCUCUAGCAUCAUCGAUAUAGUCUAUGAGAUGUAUACAAAAAAUAACCGUGAAGCACCAGCGUUUCAAGUGUGCUUAAACGACCUCUAUGGAAAUGAUUUCAAUCACCUUUUCAAAUUGAUGCCGGAUUUCUAUGCAAAGAUAAGGAAAGGCAAGAAAGAAAAUUUCGGGCCUUGUUUUGUUUCAGCGGUUCCUGGUUCCUUCUAUACAAGACUCUUUCCAGAGCAAAGUUUGCACAUUGUGUACUCCUCUUAUAGUGUUCAAUGGCUUUCUCAGGUACCUCAAGGCCUAGGAGAAAACAAACUAAACUUAUACAUCACGAAAACAAGUCCACCGAAAGUGAUCCAAGCAUAUCAGCAGCAAUUCCAUUGGGACUUCACGACGUUUUUAAAAAUGCGUUCUAAAGAGAUAGUACCUGGUGGAAAAAUGGUUUUAGCAUUUCCUGCUCGAAGCAUCAACGAUCCGACUAGUGAUGAUUGUUGCAGUCUUUGGGAGUUACUAGCACAAUCACUUCUUGACAUGGCCAAAAAGGGGCUUGUUCAACAAUCAGACAUUAUGUCAUUCAAUAUGCCAUUUUAUUAUCCAUGUGAGGGUGAAGUCAGGAAACUUAUUAAAAAUCAGGGAUCGUUUUCUCUUGAUAAGUUGAAUGUUUUUCAAGUCAACUGGGAUCCAUAUGACACAGAUUACACAAGUAUUAAAGAUUCAAGUGAGUCCAGUUAUAUCCACGGGAAAAACGCAGCCAGAAUAAUCAGAGCCGUUGCAGAACCGUUCUUAAAGUCUCAUUUCGGAAGCUCCAUGAUUAAGGAGCUGUUUGAGAAGUAUGAAGAACAUUUGGCAAAACAUCUUGUUAACAAGAAAACAAGACACUUUACUAUAGCCAUUUCGAUGACUAAAAAAGUGAACAAUAUAGAUAUCGUUGGAUUAUGUGACUUGGAAUGUGACAUGGCAUCAGCUGACUAGGCAAGGUGGACCCAAUUUAUGAUGUAGAUUUUAAGGAGAAUUACAUAUAUACUCAAAUACAUCAUAUAAAUUACAAAUAUCCCAACUAAAAAAUUAUAUUACAAAUAUACCCAAUUUAUGUUUUAUUAUGGAUUA